CUUUGUGCGUUUUCUUGCGUCCUCGGCCGCUAGAUGCCGCCGUCGGGGCUCUUUUUGGGCUCGACGGCGGGGCAGGACCACCCCCACCCGGAGAGCAGCCAUCCUGGGGAGGGGGAGGGAGAGCCUUCCCACAUUCUCCGAGAUCUGGGGCAAAGCCGGGGAGGGAAAGACCCGGGGAGAAGCCUCCGGAAGCCGCCUCUCGCCUCGCAGACGGCGGCGAUUAUGCCUUGUCCGCGGUGCGAGGAGAAGCGCCGUUGAAAGGCGAGGAGGCGCCGAGCCCGCUGGGCAUCAUCUUCUGCAAACGGGGAGACCAGCCCGCUUUGCCUUGUGCGCGAUCGUUCCCUGGGGUCUCGGCGCCGCGCAGCCCUGCAUGGAGAGGGCGUGAGGAGGAGGAGGAGGCGUGCAAGUGGCCCGGGGCUCGCUGGAUCCUGCCCCGCCAUGGCUGCCCGCAAGCCGAGCCCCCCGCGCUGGGGCUGGCACGCUCUGCUCUUCGCAGCGGUGCUGCUCGCCUGCGGCGGGCAAGGCAGAAGCCGGGAGGACGGCGGCGCCGCCUGCUACGGGGGCUUCGACCUCUACUUCAUCCUGGACAAAUCAGGAAGUGUCUUGCACCACUGGAAUGAAAUCUACCACUUUGUGGAACAUCUGGCACACAAAUUUAUAAGCCCCCAGCUGAGGAUGUCCUUUAUUGUUUUCUCAACCAGAGGCUCAACUCUGAUGAGACUCACUGAAGACAGGGAGCAGAUCCGUCAAGGCUUGGAGGAGCUCCAGAAGGUCUUGCCAGGAGGAGACACAUACAUGCACGAAGGCUUCGAGAGGGCAAGUGAGCAAAUUUACCAUGAAAAUGUUCAAGGUUAUAGGACGGCGAGUGUCAUCAUUGCACUGACAGACGGAGAGCUUCACGAGGACCUUUUCUUCUAUGCAGAAAGAGAGGCAAACCGAUCCCGUGACCUUGGGGCAACUGUGUACUGCGUUGGUGUGAAAGAUUUCAAUGAAACACAGCUGGCACGGAUCGCUGACAGCAAAGAUCACGUCUUCCCCGUGAAUGAUGGCUUCGAAGCUCUCCAGGGAAUCAUUGACUCCAUUUUGAAGAAAUCAUGCAUUGAAAUCUUGGCUGCGGAACCUUCUAGUAUAUGUGCAGGAGAGUCAUUCCAAGUGGUCGUGACGGGGAACGGCUUUCGCCACGCUCGCAAUGUCGACCGUGUCCUCUGCAGCUUCAGGAUCAACGAGACGGUCACGCUCAACGAGAAACCAUUCAAGGUGGAGGACACCUACCUGCUCUGCCCUGCACCUGUUCUGCGAGAAGUUGGCAUGGAAGCUGCUCUCCAGGUCAGCAUGAACGAUGGGCUCAGCUUCAUCUCGAGCUCCGUCAUCAUAUCCAGCACACACUGUUCUGAUGGGACGAUCCUGGCCAUUGCUCUGCUGAUCCUGUUCCUUUUGCUGGCGCUGGCUCUGCUGUGGUGGUUCUGGCCGCUGUGCUGCACCGUGAUCAUUAAGGAGCCUCCCCCACCCCCCAUGGAAGACAGCGAGGAAGAAGACGACGAUGGGCUUCCCAAGAAAAAGUGGCCAACCGUAGACGCCUCCUAUUAUGGUGGACGUGGCGUUGGUGGAAUUAAGCGGAUGGAGGUUCGCUGGGGGGAAAGGGGAUCCACUGAGGAAGGUGCGAAGCUGGAGAAGGCCAAGAAUGCUCGGGUCAAGAUGCCAGAGCAAGAAUACGAAUUCCCAGAGCCCAGGAAUCUUGGGAACAAUAUGCGGAGGUCCUCUUCCCCCCACAAGUGGUACUCUCCAAUUAAGGGAAAGCUGGAUGCCCUCUGGGUUUUGCUGCGGAAAGGUUACGACCGAGUGUCUGUGAUGCGACCACAACCAGGAGACAAGGGUCGCUGCAUUAAUUUCACCCGAGUGAAGACGUCACAGCCUCCCCCCAAGUACCCUCUCAACAACGCCUACCCCCCUCCCCCUGCCCCCAUUUACAACCCCCCUCCCCCUGCCCCCAUCUACACCCCUCCUCCACCCAGCUCCCCAGCGCCCCCCACCCCGUCUCCGCCUUCCACGCCCCCUCUCCCUCCCCCUCCUCAUGCUCCUCCCCCAAAUCGGGCCCCGCCCCCUUCCCGCCCCCCUCCACGGCCCUCUGUCUAAACACCCCACCCUCUCCCCCAGAAGCCUUUCUUAAGCCAUUUUCAACAGUACUGUAAAACCAAGGAUAUUUCAGAGGUGGCCUUAACAUUCUGGGUGAAGAGACAAGCAAACCCCUUUCAAUUCCUCUUCUUCUUUUUUUAAAAAAAAAGUCCUCUAAUGCCCCCAGUUGGCUGGAAUGCUCAAAUCCCUGGCGUUCAGUUCGGAAGAAAUCUCUGCCAUUCAUCACUUUAAAAAGAAUAAGACUGACGGCGAAAGCAAAACAGUCGCUGGACGCUGCCCGCAGCCCUGUGUGUUCAGGAUACCACCAGCCACUGAUCUGAAAGUCAUCCUCUUCCUGUCAGGUUGAGUAGAUCAUCCCUCAGAGGUGAGUGGUGGGAAUCUCAGGAGGACAGCAUGGCUGGGGCCACAGAAAUCCUUGCAGCCAAGGCUGCCCCUGGAGCCCACGCCGGUAUUGCCACAUGGAAGGUAUUCCUGAGCACGCCUGGAUUUGAUACGUUGCUACAAGGAAGGCAGGAGGUGCAAUGAGCUCAAGUCUGAUGGUUUCAGAGGAAGAACAGAUGACUGGAAGCAAAGGAAACGUCAGCACGUUGCCCUUUGAGGAAUCAUACAGUUGUAGAGUUGGAAGGGACCCCGAGGGUCAUACGGUCUGAACCCUGCAAUGGAAGUGCAGAAAGUGGCCCGAAAUGGAAUGUAUGGCCUUUGUCAUGUUCUCAGCUGACAAGAGGAGUCCAGAAGAGUUGGGAUGCUGUGAAGAAGCAGAGCAAAUGCAGCCGCUGGGUGGAGUGGCUGGCCUUGCCCAGGCAAGGGGCACAUGCCCAUGAGAUUUCCAAAAGGAACAUCCACAGGACACCCAAGCGCGGCCCAAAGCGGUUGAUUCCAUGGGAGAUCUGAAAACCACCAACAAUACAUCUGACAGGCCCUGCAAGGACCCUUUAGGAAGUGUGUUGGCAGUUUAAGUGAAUCUGCUUCCUGUUGGCUGGCUCUGAAAAACAACACAGAUCCGUCAUGGGAAGGAGGAACAGAAGGGAAGGGAGUUUCACGCAAAAGUUUCCCCAGUGUGCAGAGAGAUGAAAUGAUUUGAAUUGCCACGGUUUUAAAAAGGCUAGACAACUUUCCCCCUUUAGUAGUUACUUUCAAAUGGGUCCUGACAACCAUAUGUUGAUGUCAAUUCAAGGAGGCUCCUUUAUUGGAUUUGAUCAUUCUGAACUGGUCUCAAGUGGUGCCUAGACUGAGCGAAAGCUACUACAUUCUGGCUUGGCCAUGUUAAGUUGCCCUCUUGCAUGUGUGUUCAGAAAGUAUUUUGGAAAGGAGAGUGAGAUGGAUGCUGAUCUGAGAGGUGUGACUGGAGUUUCAUGUCCUCUGCUGACUCAGUAUUUGGCCAUGGGAAAGCCACUCUUGGCCUCAGAUGCAAUCUGUCAAAGAGGGAUUCCAGAGCACGUAACAGGAUAGAACCGCUGUUGUCGAGGGGAGCUAAAGAUUGCAGACCCUUACGAAUUGGAAGUGGCCUGGGAAUUGGUUCUGUGGGUGUCACCUGAAAAAGUUCAUCAGGUAUUGACUUCAACAUGGUGUGAGACUCUUUUCCUCCGGUACUUAUUUUACAAAAUCUAUGUUGAUUUGUUUCCGUUUUGAAGGGGCAAUUCACACAGCCACCUCGUGCCUGCCUGCCUACUCUUGGCUUUUCUGUACACCUCACCUCCAUCACUGAUGCAAGGAGCGCUCCAUGCCUGCCUUUGACUGGGGAGGAGCCCAAUUUCAUUGGGAUCUGCAUGCAGGAGGUCCAAGGCUGUUUCCAUCUCAAAGUGUUUGGAUUACAGGACAGAGCAAGGGCCCAGAGAGCGACUGCGAGCCCAGAUAGAUGGUGCUAGGCUAGGUAAGCCAAUGGCCUGACUUGCUGUAAGACAGUUACGUUGUGGCACUCACUGGAAACUAGCCUUAGUUAGCGGGGGGGGUGCAGCACUUGCUGGGGUAAUACCAAAAUGUGCAAUAACACUGAGCCUCCCAGGAGAUGCACAGGUUGCAUCGUUGCCCUUUAUAAAUGGGAGCUGACUCAGUUUUCCAGUCCUGCAAAUGUACGUAUUUUACCUGUAGUAAAAUGUCUGGCAACCUGCCUUAGUAACACAGAUGUUAGAAGUAGAUAAAAUAAUUGCAUCAGUAAGGGCAAACUUGUGCAGCCCCAUGUGUUAGUUAGGAUCAGUUUUCCCCAAGGAAAACACACCUCCUGGUGUUUCUGGAGGAUUUUAACACCUUUCUGCAGAAUUAUGCAUCCUAAAGUUGUUCAAAAUGGUGACGGGCGGGAUCUGGUCAGCAUUUAGCACGUUGAGCUUGCAUUGCUUUCAGUGACUUCAAUGUGCCGACUCCACUCUCCCUUGCUGACAUGAAAAUCAAUGUGGCCUUUGGCUCCCUUGUGCUCCUGCAAAAGAUCAAGGCCACAGUCCAGGGGGAAUGCUUGUGCAUGUAUCUGCCAUAGGGCAUGUCCACCUUCAUUGCUAAGGUAGGUUGCAAGGAAAUUCUUUGCAGGGUCAUUGCAGCCAGAAGGUGGCCUUGCAAUGGUUUGACUUGGCUAUUUGGGUGCUCUGAGAAUGUCUGGGCUAGAACACUUUGGACAUUGCAGCAUGUGGCAGAAAACCAAGGAAGGGAACCUGUGCAUAAUCUUCAGAUGUGCAUGGAGCAUAAGAAGAGCCUGCUGGAUCAGGCCAAUAGCCCACCUAGUCCGCAGGAAACCCACAAGCAGGAUUUGAGCACAAAACCACUCUC